AGUCUCAACUCUGAAGAAUUCCAUAGUAGCAAUAGCUAGAGAAUUGGAUUCUACUUUUGUCGCAAUUCCCUCGGUUUUACUCAUAUAUGCAUUAUCGACAUCGAUAUAUAUUUAUAUCCACACUUCAAAUUCGACUCUCUAUCAGUAGUCAUUUAACUACAACAUUUAAGCUCGAUUGAUCAGUGUUGGCUGCCGCUGCAUUUCUGGUUCCUCCUGUUGGUCUCUCUCCCUCUCUCUCUCAAUUAGUCCGUGUAUAUAUGUAUACAUAUCUACACAUGCACAUAUAUAUUCUUCCUUGUCUCUCUAAAUUCCACUACAAUUCUUUGGCUGUUGAUCUGUAUUGGUUUUGGAACCCUCGUGAUUUUAUCAUCAUCAAUACCAAUUUCGUACUGAAUUUGCUUAAGGUUAAUAUUUCUUGCAAGCACGUAACAAAAGAGUUGACGUAUAAAAAAAGGUACAUGCACCUUUUCUUGAAAGAAAAUGGAAAUGGAAAAUAAAAGUUGAAAGGAAAACACUGAAGCUAAUUCACAUGCUAGAGAAUUACGUGUUAAGAAGCUAAUUCACAUGUCUUAAAUACGUACCUAGUAUUUAUUUAUUAUAUGCGAAGAAAUAUCUAGGUAUAAAGUUUGCUUGAACUGCACACUUGAAAGGCUGAAGCACCUUGCUGUUAUAUGGCUUGUUGAUCCUUCUGUUUCUGCAAAUCUCAGAAGCAUUUCUUUCAUCUUUCCUUUGUGUUCUUUCUUUUCUUUGGAGAUAAAAGUGAUCUUAGAAGUUUCUGAGCAUGGAAUCAUGCUUUUUAGGUGAUUAUCAGUAAGGCACUUACUUUCCAAUAUGCAAACAUUCGCAGCUAGCUAGAGAAGCGAAUUGAAAUAGCUGAGCUUUUAGAUUCUGAGACAGACAGUUGAAGAAGGAACAAAGAUGAAUGCAUUAGUGGCAACCAACAGAAAUUUUAAGUUGGCUGCUCGGCUUUUGGGAUUGGACUCCAAGCUUGAGAAAAGUUUACUGAUACCAUUUAGGGAAAUCAAGGUUGAGUGUACUAUACCGAAAGACGAUGGCAGUUUGGCUUCAUUCGUUGGCUUCAGGGUUCAACAUGACAAUGCUAGAGGCCCUAUGAAGGGAGGAAUCAGAUAUCACCCAGAGGUUGAUCCAGAUGAGGUGAAUGCUUUAGCACAGCUCAUGACAUGGAAGACCGCGGUAGCCAACAUCCCGUAUGGUGGUGCCAAAGGGGGUAUAGGAUGUGAUCCAGGGAAGUUGAGUAUUUCUGAACUAGAACGACUUACCAGAGUAUUCACACAAAAGAUACACGAUCUUAUCGGAAUCCACACCGAUGUUCCAGCACCAGAUAUGGGGACAGGUCCACAGACCAUGGCAUGGAUACUAGAUGAGUACUCAAAGUUUCAUGGCUACUCAACUGCAGUAGUGACUGGAAAACCUAUUGAUCUUGGUGGAUCACUAGGAAGAGAUGCAGCAACGGGAAGAGGAGUACUUUUUGCAACAGAGGCAUUACUGAAUGAGUAUGGAAAGAGCAUCUCCGGACAACAGUUUGUUAUACAGGGUUUUGGGAAUGUAGGCUCGUGGGCGGCCCAGCUAAUCCAUGAGAGUGGUGGCAAAAUAGUUGCAGUGAGUGACAUCACUGGAGCCCUAAAGAACAGCAAAGGACUUGACAUUCCAAGCCUGCUCAAGCAUGUCAAAGACAACAAGGGAGUCAAGGGCUUCCAUGGUGGAGAUCCAAUAGAACCCAGCUCAAUCUUGGUUGAAGAUUGUGACAUUCUCAUUCCAGCAGCCCUCGGAGGUGUCAUCAACAAGUUCGUACUACAUAAUUCUAAUUUCUAAUAAGCAGGAAAACGCAAAUGACAUAAAAGCUAAAUUUAUAAUCGAAGCGGCUAAUCAUCCUACUGACCCUGAGGCUGAUGAG